AUGAAGGCUACCACUGCUUCCAUCUUGCUGGCUCUGUCCGCCGCCGCCAAUGCCAGUCCUGCGGUUGAUCGCAGAACUGUGGACGAGCGCUUCCCCUACAAGGGUCCCGCUGUCCCCAUUGGCGAUUGGGUCGAUAACACGAUCAAUGGCAAUGGCAAGGGUUUCACUCGUCUGGUCGAGGCUCCCGCUGUGAAGCCUGCUCACAAGAACCCGACCAACAACGUCAAUGUCAUUUCGUUGGCUUACAUCCCCGAUGGUAUGCUCAUUCACUACCAGACUCCUUUCGGUCUUGGAAGAGCGCCUACUGUCAAGUGGGGUACCAACCCUCACCAUUUGACCAACAUCGCACGAGGCUACAGUCACUCCUAUGACCGUACCCCUUCGUGCUCGCAGAUCAAGGCUGUGACCCAGUGCAGCGAGUACUUCCACGAAGUCUCCCUCCCCCACCUCGAGUCUGGUAAGACCUACUACUACCAGAUCCCCGCUGCCAAUGGCACCACCGAGUCCGAGGUCUUGAGCUUCACCACCGCCCGCAAGGCUGGUGACCCCACCGAGUUCAGCGUUGCUGUCCUGAACGAUAUGGGCUACACCAACGCCCAGGGUACCCACAAGUACUUGACCGAGGCUGCUAGCGAGGCUGCCUUCGCCUGGCACGGUGGUGACAUCAGUUACGCUGAUGACUGGUCCUCCGGUAUCAUGGCUUGCGAGUCUGACUGGCCCGUCUGCUACAAUGGCUCCAGCAGUGAGCUGCCCGGUGGCAUCACCGACGAGUACAAGAAGCCUCUGCCUGCCGGCGAGAUCCCCAACCAGGGUGGUCCCCAGGGUGGUGAUAUGAGUGUUAUCUACGAAUCCAACUGGGAUCUGUGGCAGCAGUGGAUGGGUAGCGUUACCAAGAAGAUUCCUUACAUGGUUCUGCCCGGUAACCACGAGGCUUCCUGUGGCGAGUUCGAUGGUCCUGGUAACGUCUUGACUGCUUACCUCGAUGAGAACCAGCCCAACAGCACCUGGCCCACCGACAACCUUACCUACUACAGCUGCCCUCCUUCGCAGAGAAACUUCACUGCUUACCAGCACCGUUUCCGCAUGCCCGGUAAGGAGUCCGGCGGUGUGAGCAACUUCUGGUACUCCUUCGACUACGGUCUUGCUCACUUCGUCUCCAUGGACGGUGAGACCGAUUACGCCGACAGCCCUGAAUGGUCCUUCGCCGAGGAUGUCUCCGGCGACGAGACCCUCCCCACCGAGUCCGAGACCUUCAUCACUGACAGCGGUCCCUUCGGUGCUGUCAGCGAUGUCGACGACACCAAGUCCUACGAGCAGUACAAGUGGCUCAAGGCUGAUCUCGAGAGCGUCGACCGCACCAAGACUCCCUGGAUCGUCAUCAUGAGUCACCGUCCCAUGUACAGCUCCGCCUACUCCUCCUACAUGAAGAAGAUCCGCGCUGCGUUCGAGGCUCUCUUCCUUGAGCACGGUGUUGAUCUCUACCUCUCUGGACACAUCCACUGGUAUGAGCGUCUGUUCCCUCUCGGUAACGGUACCAUUGAUACCGCCUCCGUGAUCAACAACCACACUUACCGCAUGAACCCCGGCAAGUCCAUGACUCACGUUGUUAACGGUAUGGCCGGUAACAUUGAGAGCCACAGUGAGUUCAGCACUGGUGAGGGUCUCACUAACAUUACUGCUGUGCUUAACACCAAGGAGUAUGGUUUCAGCAAGUUGACUGUUGCCAAUUCUACUGCUAUGAAGUGGGAGUACAUCAAGGGCAAUGAUGGGUCCGUUGGUGAUUCGCUUUGGAUGCUUAAGCCUACUGCUUCUAAUGCUCAGGUCCCCGGAAAGGGUCAGGGUGCUGGAAAGAAGCCUACCCCGGCUGGCAAGAAGCCUCGCUUUGUUAACUACUAG